AUGGCCGCGUUCUCACCCCAGUCCGCCGACGACAUCUCCAUUGCCACUAUCCGCGCCCUGGCGGCCGAUGUCGUUGGCAAGGCCAACUCCGGCCACCCUGGUGCACCCAUGGGAAUGGCGCCCGUCGCCCACGUCCUUUUCACCAGGUUCUUCAACGCAAACCCCAAGAGCUCAAAGUGGUUCAACCGUGAUCGCUUCGUUCUCUCCAACGGACACGCAUGCGCGCUCCAGUACAUCCUCCUCCACCUCAUGGGCUACAAGCUCUCCAUGGACGACCUCAAGGCAUUCCGUCAAAUCGACUCCCUCACUCCCGGUCAUCCCGAGGCUGGCCACACUGACGGUAUCGAGGUUACCACUGGUCCUCUCGGCCAGGGUUUCUCGAACGCCGUCGGUCUUGCCAUCGGACAGGCGCAUAUGGCCGCGACCUUCAACAAGGACGGCUUCGACCUGAUCAACAACUACACUUACGUGUUCCUUGGUGAUGGCUGUCUGAUGGAGGGUGUUGCGAGCGAGGCUGCCUCUCUCGCUGGUCACUUGCAGCUCGGGAACCUGAUCGCGAUCUAUGAUGACAAUCACAUCUCUAUCGAUGGUGACACCGCUGUUGCGUUCACGGAGGACGUUGAGAUGCGCUUCAAGUCAUAUGGCUGGGAGACGCUGCAUGUCGACAACGGUGACAGCGACCUCCCUUCGAUCUACGCUGCCAUCGCUCAGGCGCAGUUGUCAAAGAACAAGCCCACUCUCAUCCGUCUUCGCACGACCAUCGGCUUUGGUUCCAAGCAGCAGGGUACCCAUGGUGUCCACGGUGCUCCUCUCAAGGCCGAUGAUAUUCAGGCGCUCAAGACCAAGUUCGGUCUCCCCGCCGACCGGUCGUUCUACGUGCCUGAAGAGACCUACGCCGCCUACCACGCGAUGGCUACCAAGGGUGCUAAACUCGAGACGGAGUGGAACUCGCUGCUCGCGUCAUAUUCUGAGAAAUACCCCGCGGAGUACGCUGAGCUGACCCGCCGUAUUUCCGGCAAGCUCCCCGAUGGCUGGGAGAAGAAACUCCCUGUCUACAAGCCCACCGACGCUGCUCAGGCCUCUCGCAAGCUGUCCGAGAUCGUCCUCUCCGCCAUCGUCCCUGUCAUCCCUGAGCUCGUUGGAGGUUCUGCAGACUUGACGGGCUCCAACCUUACCCGCACGAAGACGAUGGUCGACUUCCAGCCCGAGAGCACCGGUCUCGGUAACUACAAGGGCACCUACAUCCGCUACGGUGUUCGUGAGCACGGUAUGGGUGCCAUCGCGAACGGUCUCCACGCAUAUGGUGGCAUUAUUCCGUUCGUCGCGACCUUCUUCAACUUCGUCUCGUACGCCGCUGGUGCCGUCCGUCUCUCUGCGCUCAGCAAGCACCAGGUUAUCUGGGUCGCGACUCACGAUUCCAUCGGUCUCGGCGAGGACGGCCCUACGCAUCAGCCGAUUGAGACUGCCGCGCACUUCCGUGCACUCCCGAACACCGACUUCUGGCGGCCCGCGGACGGCAACGAGACCUCGGCGGCGUACUACUCGGCGCUCACCCGCAAGCAGACGCCCUCGAUCCUCUCGCUCUCGCGCCAGAACCUGCCGAACCUCGAGAACUCGAGCCUCGAGCACGCGCUCAAGGGCGGCUACGUCGUCCACGAAGUCCAGGGCGAGGACCUCACCAUCGUUUCCACUGGCUCCGAGGUCUCGAUCGCGCUUGAGGCCGCGAACGUACUCACCGCGGAGGGCGUGAAGACCCGUGUGGUCAGCUUGCCGUGCUGGAGCAUCUUCGACAUGCAGCCGACGGAGUACAAGCUCAGUGUGCUGCGCAGCGGUGCCCCCAUCCUCUCGGUUGAGGCGCUCUCGACUCUUGGCUGGCAGAAGUACAGUCACGAGCAAUUCGGCAUCAACGGAUGGGGCGCGUCUGGACCGUACAAGAAGGUGUACGAGAAGUUCGGUCUCACCGGUUCCAACAUUGCUUCUGUCGGCAAGAAGGUCAUCGCCUUCUACAAGCAGAAGGGCGGCGAGGUCGUCUCCCCGCUCGCGAAGGCCAUUUGA